GUGCAUGGACACAGGGCGGUUCAUUUCUGCAAAACUUAGUUCAAGCCAGGGAAUUUUUUUUUUGUGGGGGGGCGUCACACAUGGCAAUGCACAGGGGUUACUCCUGGCUCUGCACUCAAGAAUCACCCCUGGCAGUGCUCAGAGGACCAUAUGGGAUGCUGGGAAUCGAACCUGGGUCAGCUGCGUGCAAGGCAAACGCCCUACCCACUGUACUAUUGCUCCAGCCCUGAGAAUUUCUUCUUUGAAUGAAAGGUAAGGAUUAAAAAAAACAAACAAAAAAAGCUAUUACUUAAAAAUGUGUCCUGUGAUUACUAGGUGUAAACUAAACACACCAUUUCUCCCUAAUAACUACAUGUUUAUUUUUUCUUCUUUUUGGGUCACACCCAGCGAUGCACAGGGGUUACUUCUGGCUCUGCACUCAGGAAUCACACCUGGUGGUGCUGGGGGACCAUAUGGGAUGCUGGGAAUCAAACUCAGGUUGGCCGUGUGCAAGGCAAACACCCUACCCGCUGUGCUAUCGCUCCAGCCCCGCCCCGAUAACUACAUGUUUAUCAAUUAGCCCGAACUGAAACUGCUAAGAAAAUGAAGGCUUAGUUUCCUUUAGAUGCAGCCAAGUGGACUGUAAUCUUUCAAGAGAGUAGGUUUAAGUCAGGUUCUAGAAGCCCUUCUUUCAACCCUGAUACCAGGUGAUGGCCCUCUUUAAGCAGAAGGUCAACACUCAGAUGCGCUUGGGAAAGCAAAUUAUCCUAGGGGCUGAGCCUAUGUCUCAAGUGGCAGAACAUGUGCCCAGCAAAAAAAGUCCCAGUGCCGCAUGACCCCCCCAAGUAACAUUGGAUACCGCCCCUAUAAUCAUUUUUUAAAAAAGAAAUGUAUACCAUAAUCAGUAUUUUUUAAAUUAGAGGAAUACAUUAAGUCUAUUAACAUGUUUCAACAUACUGUUUUUAGUAAUACUACUGAAAUGUGCACAAACGUAAAACUCUGCCUAUUACACCUAGAAUCAUAAAAAUUACCUUGAACAGAUGACUGUGUGCUGAAACUAAGUCAGUGUUCAUAAUAGUGACUUCAGGGGGGAUGCAGGCUGAGCAGGGUCACCAGUGCCUGUGCCACUGUGCUAGGAAUCCUCUUGCCCACUUUCACUUUAGUAGAUGCCACUAUGAUGAAGAGCUCCUGUUCUUCAGAUUGCUGUGAUGUCACUGGCCUUUGUUGUCUAACUGAUCACAAUUGUGAUGUCUGUUCUUAUUAGUGUUAACACUUAAAAGAAUUACCACUUGGAGUCAUGCUGAAGCAGCAUGCUGGGAUCACCAGAGUUACACUGGGUGGCUGUGACACUGAUCUUUUGCUUUUCUAAACUUAGUAUUUGGGGAUGAACCACACUAGCCGUGCUUGGGAAACCAUAAGCAGUGCCAGAAAUUGGCACUUGGAAGGCAACACCUUAACCCCUCUACUACCUCUCCUGCCCCUGAUGUUUUACUUUUUUAAGCUUAUGACUGAAAUAAGAUUGUCAGACUGCAAGCUAACAAAUUCUGACCUGGUGGGCAAGAAGGUGAGGGCAAGCCAGAGAGAAAGAAAGUAGAGGGGUUGGGGCUGGAGAGACAGCACAGCAGGUAGGGCGUUUGCCUUGCACGUGGCCGACCCGGGUUCAAAUCCCAGCAUCCCAUAUGGUCCCCUGAGCAUGGCCAGGGGUAAUUCCUGAGUGCAGAGCCAGGAGUAACCCCUGUGCAUCGCCAGGUGUGACCCAAAAAGCCAAAAAAAAAAAAAAAAGUAGAGGGGUUAAGGCAUUUAUUGCAUGCAGCUGACUCCAGUUUGAUCUCUGGAACCAUGUAUGGUCCUUCAAGCACCACCAGGAGAGAUCCCUGACCACAAAGCCAGGAGAAAGCGCAGAACCAGGAGUAAGCUCUUAGCAUUGAUGGAAGUGGCCCCCAAACCAAAAUAAAGAAUGUGAGGCCCAGUCUGCUCUCUCAGCUGUGCUUGUUGCCAUAUGAACCCGCCACUGGAAUCCCUGUCUAUCUCCGCUAAUGCAGUAAUGGCACUUCCUUUCAGGGCUAAAUGCUGGCAUGGAAUGAGUGGAUGUAUAGUGUUUAAUUAGCCCUUCUGUGGUGCUAAAAAAGUCAUAUUAAAUGGAGGGUGGGCAGAAAUGAGUAUAGGGGGUAAGGUCCUUGCCUUAUAUGCAGCUGAUACUGGUUCGAUCCCCAGCCGCACAAAUGGUCCCCUAGCAACAGCACUAUGACCCCAAAGCAAACAAAACAUCGAUUGCAUGUAUAAGGGCUAGAGUAAGUGCCAUGGAAGCAUAAGCCUGGGUUCAAGCCCUAGCACCUGGCCCCUUGAGUACCACUAGGAGUGAUCCUGCAUACUGCUGGAUGUGGCCCCCAAACAAAAGCCAGAGAAAGAGCAAGGUUGAGAUGGGGAGUUUAAAAACUUAAAAGAUGGGAAGAUGGCUCAGUGACUUAAAGUAUUUAGGAAGUAAGGGUUGGAGCAAUAGUAUAGUGGGUAGGGUGUUUGCCUUGCAAACGGCUGACCCAGUUUUGAUAACAAGGAACCCACACAGUUCUCUGAACCUGCCAGAACUGAUCUCUGAGCACAGAGAACCACUGGUGUGGCCCCAAAUCAAGAGAAGAGGAUUUGCCAAGCAAGUAUGCCCCCUUGAGUUCAAAUCCCAAUGACGUGAUCCUUACAAUCCUGCCCGGUGGCUUAAAAAGCAACAACUGUGAAGUGUGAACCUGAUCCCUAUUGCUGCUACCCAAUUAACUAAGCCAAUCCUGGCAAAUCCUGACAGCCCCUCUGGUUAGGAGCUCUGCAGUUUUUUUCCCUUAUAAAAGCACUGAUUUACAGAGCACUGUAAAUAAGCAUUGCUCUACUUACAGUGUCUUCUCCAAUACAUUGCUUCUGACAGAAUUAGUGGAGUGGGUGCCAUAUGGCUUAAAAGUACACACAUUAGGGGGCUGGAGUGAUAGCACAGCGGGUAGGGUGUUUGCCUUGCACGCGGCCGACCCGGGUUCAAAUCCCAGCAUCCCAUAUGGUCCCCGGAGCACCGCCAGGAGUGGUUCCUGAGUGCAGAGCCAGGAAUAACCCCUGUGCAUCGCCAGGUGUGACCCAAAAACAAACAAACAAAAAAAAGUAUACACAUUAGGUACCUAUGUGUGUAACUGUAUCUGAAAUUUAAGGAUACUCCAACAGUAAAGACAACUCUGGGUGAGACCUAGAUGAAGUCUCAAUCCUAAGGGCAAUGUCUGAUUGGUCUAGGAUUUAAGGAUACUUGAAUGAUGCCUAGGGCAGCGAAGUAGCGCACAGUAAAGAGUACUGGGAAGCCACAUGUAACUAAUGCAGACCUUCAAACUUAUUUAUCCUGUCACAGGUUUAUAAACAGGCUCUGUGGCAAGGCGGGAGAAAUAGGUUGACUGUUUGAGAGCACCAAAUGCCUUUGAGUUAUCAGGUGGAAGAUAACCAAAGAAGGAUUAUCAGUGGAGAGGUAUAACCACUACUUUGCUCUUAGACUUGUGUGUGUGACACUCCCAGUGAUGCUCGGGGGUCACUCCUGGAGGUGUACAGGGAACAAUAUGGGAUGCAGGGGAUUGAACCCAGGUUGGCCGCAUGCAAGGCAAGCGCUCUAUUGGUCCAGCCCCUCAUUUGGACUUCUAUACACUGCCAUGAAAUGCUUUGUUGUCUAAGCUGCAGCACUAGGCAGAAAGGCAACUUUUGAACUUCUGAGACAGAUGUUGCCCAUGUGUUUUACUAGAGCAAAAUGGUAUCCUCCAGCAAUUUGACAUUAACAAGAGACUUUUUUUUUUUUUUUUGCUUUUUGGGUCACACCCAGCAAUGCUCAGGGGUUACUCCUGGCUUUGCACUCAGGAAUCACUCCUGCCAGUGCUUGGGGGGACCAUAUGGGAUGCUGGGAAUCGAAGCUGGGUCAGCCGAGUGCAAGGCAAACACCCUACCCGCUGUACUAUCACUUCAGCCCCAACAAGAGACUCUUUCCCCUAUCUUUGCCAGUUUAUUUUUAUGGUGCUGAGUUACCCCUCAAUUAUGUUUAUUUUGGGGCUACUUCCAGUGCAGUUCUCAGGACUGUGAGCACAUUGGGAACAUGAGAACCUGAGGAUUGUAUCUGGGGCAACUGCAUGCAAAACAUAUGCUCCAGCCCUUUAAGCCAUUCCCCAGCUUCAAUGUUUUAUCCCCAAGAACUGAAAAGGAAAGAAUGAGCCCAAAGAAGUGAAAAUACUUGAGGUAAUAGAUUCUAUCAGAUAGCACCUGGAAGUUGUAGGUUUGGUAAGCCACUCGUGAGGGGAAAGCAGAAACUCUCCCAGUGAGCCCAACCCAGGAGAAUCAUGCCAGCUGUGACUGACUGCAUGGCCAGUCUGCAGCUGGCCCGCGUGGCCAGCCAAGUUAAUGAUUACCUUGGUGGUGGCUGGUUCCACUGGGCCCCAGCAGUUCACCUGCAGAAGUCUCCAGAAAGCAGCAUGUUCUCUCUGCUCCUUGGAGCCAUACUGGUGGUUCUGAACCUAGCGCCAUUUGCUAGGACCCAGAAGACGGAACCUCUGAGUGGCUCUGUGGACCAGCCACUCUCCCGAGGAGCAGAUCGCUAUGACUUUGCCAUCAUGAUCCCUCCAGGAGGCACAGAAUGCUUUUGGCAAUUCGCCCAUCAGAGUGGAUACUUCUAUUUCAGUUAUGAGGUACAGCGAACACUGGGAAUGUCACACGACCGGCAUGUUACUGCCACCGCACAUACGCCAAAGGGUUUCCUCAUAGAUACUUCUCAGAAUGUUCGAGGCCAGAUUAACUUUUCUACCCAAGAGACAGGUUUUUAUCAGCUUUGUUUAAGCAACCAGCAAAAUCAUUUUGGUUCUGUGCAAGUGUAUCUCAACUUUGGAGUUUUCUACGAGGACAUCGAGGUGAACCACAAACAUAAUGAAAGAAAACAGCUGAACGAUACUCUGGAUGCAAUCGAGGAGAGUACACGAAAGGUACAAAUGAAUAUUUUCCAUAUGUGGAGAUACUACAACUUUGCGCGAAUGAGGAAAAUGGCUGAUUUCUUCCUUCUUCAAUCAAACUAUAACUACGUGAACUGGUGGUCUACAGCCCAGAGCCUUGUUAUUGUUCUUUCUGGGAUCCUGCAACUGUAUUUCUUGAAACGUCUCUUCAAUGCCCCAACAACUACAGACACAGCGAAGCCCAGAUGCUAAGGCAACUACAGCAUCCUAGCUAUUUUCUGCUAAGGCAAAACGUUUGUUAAAGUUUUGGUCACAUCAACUUUGUAAAGUCAAAUGGAAAAUAGAAGUUUAAGUUCAUUGUCCUAGUUCUAAUCCAUCUAGAAAGACAAAAUAGCAAUAAAUAGAAAAUAUGCAAGUUUUGGUGAUGUUUUUGUCACACUGGGGAUAAAACCAGGUCCUCAUAUGUGUAAAGCAUGUGCUCUACCAGUGAGUAUAUCCCCGGCCCCGACUUUUCUUUAAUUAUGUAUGAAAUGCUACCAUCAAAAUACUGUUCAGGGGUCAGGGAAGUGCCGCUAAGGGCUGGAGAGUAAGCUUUCCAUGCAGGAGUCCAGGGCUGGAGGCCCAGAAUGGCAUGGUCACCUGAGCACGAUCAGGGGCAACCUGAGCACUGAGCCAGGAUUAUCUCCUGAGUACCUCUGUGUGUGGAUCAAACAGCAAAAAUUAAAAAAAGUUACCAGUUUGUUCAGCAGUUCCUUGACCUUCACUAAUUAAGAAGUUUUUAAAGAAGGACCCCAACCCCACCAGCAAUACCUCAAAGGAAGAAGCACAUAUCCUGCCAAAUUUCACUCUGUACCACAGAACCCCC